UACAAUGACAAACACAAUUACAAUCGACAGUACAUUAAUAAGCAACAUUGGCGACGACCCCAUAGACCGAUUGGCAGACAGGCGCCAAUAAAUCUGUCUGAGUACUUGACCACGCAGGCGACGUUCAACCAGGAGGGCCCGGCCCGGCACGAGUUCUACGACCCUAGCUACGGCUUCGAGCCCUACUGGGCUGACGGCGACUGGGUGUUCGUCUCGCCCACCAAGAACCCCAACGUCACCGAGACGGGCCUGAUGUGUGGCGACUACUGCAACCCUGUGUACAUACGAUACGGGAGGAUAUGCGGCAGGAACAGGAAAAUGGAAGUGAAAGAAUUCGCCAAUUACUGCGUGAUGAGGGACUCCGACUGUCAUGACAGAGAGCUUUGGCACAUCGCGUACCGAGGCAAAUGCCGCAAAGACUUACCGAUCUACCGGACCCAACCCACAUCCACGAUUCAGCCGAACGUAAUGGAAGCCUUGCAAAUCAUCGAAGAGUUCAAAUUAAGACAUACGAACAUAUAUCCGCCGAAUACAACAACGAGAACAACAAAAAAGGCUGGCUAA